UCAUAAUUAUCUACACAUAUAAAUACAAGAAACAUCUCCGGAGAAUCAAAAGGCAAAACUACUCAACAGAGAGGAAAACCAAGUGACUUAUUUUUAUCGUGUACCAAAAAUCAUAGAAACAAAAGUAUGGCUGGAGUAAGAUCAGAGCCGAUGAAGGUUGUAUUCAUAAACACACAGUACGUUCAGACAGAUGCUCGGAGCUUCAAGACGGUUGUUCAAGAACUCACCGGUAAAAACGCCGUCGUCGCCGAUGGUUCUUUCGAAUUCUCCGGUCAAGGCUACGGUGGUAAAGAUUCAUCACAGAGAUUCUGCGACGCAGGAAAAGAAGGAGAAGGAGGUGCAGAUACGACGGAGUUCGAUAGCUUUUUCAGGGAAACCCCUCCCGUCGGCGAAUUGUAUAAUCUUUGGUCAGACAAUUGAUGACUCUUAGUGAAAAAAAAUCGUUUUUUACUUUAAUUUUAAAUUUCCCUCAGUCUUUUUUUCACAAAUUUGGUCUAUUAAAGGCCCAUUGGGUUUAAUCUUAUAGGAUCUAUCAUCUCAAGCCUCUGUAAAAUACAUCCCUUACUCCUUUAGAAUGUGAACAACAUUUUUUUUUUCUUUUUCUUAAUGCAUUUUUAAUGUACAUAAGGAAAUAAUAUGCACUUUUUCAUUUUGAAA